AUGUUUGGUUGGCGUUUGAUAAAGGAACUCAAUCUACUGUUUCUUAAUCUUUUGGGCGCUUUCCUCGACACUUGUUACAGGCUUUAUUUACAAGUUUACGGCAUUUACAUCAAGCCCUGGAGGCAAUUCCCUCUUAACGGCCUGUUUGUUUUCUUGUUCUUGAUGAACGGUUUGAUCAUUGGCAAAGACAUUGCUAAAGACAUAACCGAAAGAAACAAAAAGAUAAAGAAAGCGAUCAAGGUAUCGGCGAUGCUGGUAGCGCAGUUUGCUUUUGGAAUCCCGAUCGCCUAUGGUAUCGUGUACGUCCUGAUACCUCUGUAUGGCGAAGUAUCUGAAACCUACAGAGCGAUCAUAGCCGGGGCGUUACCUCUAGUUGCUGCUAAACCAAAGGUGAUUGUACGCUUGGCGGCGCAAAGAAUCGAUUUCCUUCAUCCAGGAGAUUCUCACAUAUUAUUAAACGUACUCCACAGCGCAACUGCCAUCGUUUUUCGUGUUAUGCAAGCAGAACUGACCAGCCUCCGACUUUUCAUUCUACUCAGCUUCGCGCAUGGUGCAAUAGACUUGCUGGAAAGGUUGACUAUCGUUAUUCGCGAUUAUUUUUGGUACUUUGUUUACAAGAAGCUCAAAAGAGACAGUGGUGAAACCAUUUUAAGAGCAAGUCAAUUUCGCUCGCCAAGGAGCAUGCGCUUUGUGGCCGAUAUGAGCAUUCAGAUGAUCCUUUUCGAAUAA